AUGUUCUACUAUAUCCAGGACGGUAUUUCUCAGCGCACCAGAGAAUCCAGCUUUAUCGCUUUCUUUCCAGCGUUACACCAUCUUGACUGGGAUCUAAUCUCCGCUGACAUGCAGAGAAGAAACUGCCUCGAAACUCUUGGGGACGCCGUGAUGUCUCUUUCCAUCACCAACCUUCUUCAAAACCUACUCCCAGACCGGUCUUUACAAGUGUACUCUGCAAUACGACCACCACUAGUCUCUAAUCAAACAUUUCAGCACAUUUUAGCAAACGCGGGUAUAUCUCAUGGUCAUCCACAAACAAAAUGCAAGGAGGCAGGGAACGCGUUCGAGAUCUAUGUUGGUGCGUUCAGUGAGACGGAGGGAUUCGACGCAGCGAACGGCUGGAUCGCAGAGUUAUUCGCGCCUCUGGUAUCCGCAGCGGUAGACGCGUACGACCUUCACUUUUCUCGACCUCCAGUGGCGACAAGUCUUGCUGCUUUACCGAGCAAACGCCCACGCGACGAAGAUCAGCUUGUCCAGGAUCCGGAGCCUCGCAAACGUCGACGAGGAAAUUCUUACAGCGCAUCUACCAUUCCGAGCUGGUUGGACGGAAUAAAUGCCGCUGAUUGGCGUCUAGCCCAUCGCACACCUGCUGUCGCCCACUCCACAGUUCGCCGUGAGCACCCUACAGACGGAACAACGAAAUAUGAGAAAAGAGACGACCGCUCGCUUAUCAAGGUCCUGGCCGACAAGAAUUUUGCGCUAAGGAAGCCUCGUCAGUCUUCAAUUUCACAACAAGAGCCAAUUGCCCGAUCAUGGGGCGACUUUGCCAGUCAGCUGACAUGUGGUUUUGAGCGCAACCGUUGA